AUGGCGUCGUUCUCGGAGGCUCCCCCCGGGAACCCCAAGGCGGGCGAGAAGAUCUUCAAGACCAAGUGCGCGCAGUGCCACACGGUCGAGAAGGGCACCGGCCACAAGCAAGAGAUCUUAAACCAUCUGAUCAAUAACCAGAACGAGUACUGCAUGGAGGUAACUCCAAAGACGCUGGCUGAUGUUAAGGGCGGUACUCUCAUCUCUUACGAAGGAAGAGUUCAGCUUUUGGAGAUUGCCCAAGUACCUGAUGAGCAUGUGAAUGAAUUUAAAUCAAUCGAGAAGUUUAAGAUAUUCAACACUAACAACUUGUGGGUGAACCUUAAAGCUAUUAAGAGACUCGUAGAGGCUGAGGCACUUAAGAUGGAAAUUAUUCCAAACCCCAAGCUGGUGCAGCUAUUCGGGUACACACUUAAUUUCAAUAUGUCGGUGCUGACUCCAUACUGUUUCAUGAGAAGGUUUCUAAAGGCAGCACAAUCUGAGAAGAAGGUAAGAUACUAA